AUGUCCGAGGUCUCAGCUGCUUUUACUGAAAUCUGCCCCUGUGUGAUUUCUGAGGAAGGCGUCAGCUUUAAGACUGAAAGACACCUGACCACAGCCUCAAACAGUCAGACUCCAAACUCCACUACGGCCAAGACCAACGAGCUGUCAAGGGACACCAGAGACAAAAUUGUAGACCUGCACCAGGCUGGGAAGACUGAAUCUGCAAUAGAGGAUUGGGAGAAUCUCAUACGCUUCAUGGGGGAGGAAACCUUACUCCACUGCUCUCCUUGGUCCUGCCUGGACUCUCUCACACAGACUUCUACCCACCCCUGCUCCGAGCAUGUGGAGCCAAAGGAGAAGGAGAGUGGGUUUAGUGGAGGAGAGAAGCCACGGCUGCAGUCAACAGAUCACUACCAUGGACCCAAAGAUGAAGAUCCACCUCUUCCUGUUUGUGAGGAGCCUAUUGUGGACGAGGAGAGACUGAGAGAACCACAACCUGAGCCUGAACUGGACCUCUGUGCUCAGGACAUGGAGGAUCCAGAGCAGGAUCUGCAGGAACAGGACAGUGAUCUAGAGCAGCCCUCUCCUCUGUCUCAGGACCUCCUCCUGUCGCCUUCUUGUCCUUCACCUCUACUCGCUUCUCAGACAAAAGAAACACAAACUGACCAGAAACUAGAAAUCUUUACUUGA